UCAAGGCGCGCACAAAUAGAUAUUGGCCGUCUUGCUGAAUGGAUUUUUCUUCUUCUUCUUCUUUGCUUUGCUUUUAGUUUGUGGUUUCAAUAUUUGUUGUUCAGUUCCAUUCAAUUUGAACUUUUUUUUUUCAUUUUAUUGCAUUCCAAACAGACAUGUUGACCAAGUAAUUUCGUUAUCGUGCACGUUACGGGAUUGUAUUUAUUUCGAAAUAAAAUUGUAACAACAUUUUUUUUGUUAUUGUUUUUUGGGUGUUGUUUUUGGUUUCUUUUAAAUUUCGAAGUCGAAGUGAUUAAAUCGACAACAUUCACAUUCAUCAAUUCAAGUGAUAUCUUCUAUCCGACAACUGUGUGUGUGGAUAUAAAAGUCUUGAAAAGCACAUUCAAUUUCAUCUCGAAAUGAUCAAGAACCGGAAAUAAAUGCAAGAGAAUUGAGACGAUUAAAAGAGACUGUCGUGCGAAUUUAAUCUUUGUUGACAGUGGUGGCUAUGGGAAGCAGCAGUUGCAAGCUUGUGUUAAUAAGUUCACGACGUUUUUCUGUCUUUCGUUGUAUUAGUGAAGUUCUUUAACGUGAUUAUAAUAGAAUAUUAAACCGACGAGCAAUUUACAGCGAAUUGUUAGCGAAAGAGACGAAAACAAUUUAAAAUACAGGAUUUUGAAUUUAUAAAAGUGAUAAUAUUAAUAAAUAUACACAGAGAUUGUAUUCGAAUUUUGGAUUAAAGUAUCAUUCUUCGUCAUCAAAUAGCAAAAAUGAUGAUACUACACAGGUUGAAGGCACGGUUUCUGUUUUUACUUUGGAUUUGUGUGGCAAAUUCAUCAGGAUCGGCACUGACGUGGCAACCAUGCCCUGAGCUCAGUUCAGCGCUGCGAUAUCCAUGCCGAUGUAAGGUGGAACCGUUCGGACCAAAAUCAGAUCUGGGAGCCGUUUCGAUGGAUUGCGACAAUGUUGUUUUUCAAACUGAAUCGCCCAUUUUACCAAUUAGAGCACCAAUUAUCUCAUUCUCGCAACGGCAUUGCGGACAACAAGUUUUACCAACACAGGCGUAUGCUACGACCGAGUUGCCGCUGCGAAGCUUGGACUUUUCACAUAAUUCAAUUAGACGUUUGCCUGAAAAAGCCUUUUCAGGUAUUGAGAACACUUUGGUGGUUUUGAAGUUGUCCGAUAAUUUAUUCGGCGAUUCAUUGAAUCCAAUUUUCUCAACGGCUGAAUUCCGUCCACUGAAUCAAUUGCGCGUCUUGGAUUUAUCCGGUAACAAGAUCAAAGCGUUGGAAGAGGGAAUUUUCAAAGGCUGCGAAAAUUUACAGGAUUUGAACAUUGCCCGCAACAGUUUCACAUCGGUGCCAUCGACAUCGUUAAACGGACCAAAUGCCUUGAAGUCAAUUUCAUUGAUGAACAACAGCAUCGCUAUUAUACGAUCUGAUGCAUUUGCAUCACAAUCGCAUUUGGAACGAAUUGAUUUACGUUAUAAUCGAAUUGCAAGCAUUGAUGGCGCCGCAUUCGGCGGUUUGACGGCACCAAAAGAAAUCUAUUUGGCCGGGAAUCGAUUGGAUCAGCUGAAUAGCGACGUUUUUGAGGGUGCAUCUUCAUUGGAAAAACUAGAUUUAUCCGAAAAUUUCAUAACAUCCUUCCCUUCAAUUGCUUUACAAGAAGUGAGCCACUUGAAACUCUUGAAUUUAUCAUCGAAUAUGAUUCAAAAACUGGAAUCAGCGAAUUUGGUAAAUUUAAAAUCACUGCAAAUCUUGGAUCUUAGUCGAAAUGGCAUCAAUUCCGUGCCACCGGCAACAUUCAGAGACCUGUCACAAUUGAAGUACUUGGAUUUGAGCUUGAAUUCCUUGAGAACGAUUGAAGACGAUGCCCUUGAAGGAUUGGACUCAUUGCAAACGUUAAUUCUGCGAGAUAAUAAUAUUUUAUUAAUACCCGGCAGUGCAUUGGGUCGUUUGCCACGUCUUUCAAACCUCUACUUGGACUAUAAUCGCGUUGCUGCCCUUUCGUCUGACAUUUUGGGUUCAAUUCAACCGGAAGACAUCAAAUAUAUGUCACUGUCACGCAAUGUGAUUCGUGAACUUCCACCGGGCAGCUUUGAAAUGUUCCGAAACUUGCGUUAUUUGGAUUUGUCGGGCAAUUCAUUGGCCACAAUCAGCGCAGACACAUUCACUGGCUUGGAUGCUGCCUUACGUGAGCUGAGAGUAUCACAUAAUCGAAUCACCGGCAUCGGAAACGUUCCGUUGGCUCUGCAUAAAUUGCGUAUUUUGGAUUUGAGUGACAAUAACAUUGUCGAUGUGGCCAAAAGUUCGUUUAUGGGCUUGGAAAAUUUGCUGUACUUGAAUUUGAGCCACAAUCACCACUUGGGUCCGAUUCCAGUGAAUUUAUUGCAACCAUUGAUCAAAUUGCGAACAAUCGAUUUGAGCAUGGCCGGUUUGAAAACGCUGCCAUCAGAGGUCUUUGAAAAUACACCCAAUUUGGAGAUUAUUGUGCUUAAAAACAAUGCCAUCCAGGAAAUUGGUGAAUCAACAUUUGCAAACUUGCGUAAUAUUUCAGCGAUCGAUCUUUCAUACAAUCAUAUUACGAGCUUGAAAUCAGCGUCAUUUGUAAAUGCAAUGAAUUUAAAGAGACUGAAUCUAAAAGGGAACCAAUUGAGCGCUUUCAGAGGUGAAUUUUUCAAUACUGGCACCGGAUUGGAGGAGCUUGAUUUAUCCGACAAUCAAUUGAGCUACUUAUUCCCAUCGUCAUUCCGAAUUCAUCCCCGACUUCGCAAACUAAGCAUCGCCAACAAUAAAUUAAACUUCUUCCCAUCGGAACAUAUCGCCACUUUGCAAUAUCUCGAACAUAUCAACUUAUCUGGAAAUGAAUUGAAAACAAUUGACGAGCUUGACUUUGCACGUUUGCCGCGAUUGCGCAUUUUGGAAGUGGCACACAAUGAAUUGGAUACAUUGAGCGAAAUGGCCUUCCAUAAUUCAACGCAAUUGCAAAUUGUCGAUUUGAGCGACAAUCAUUUGGAUCGAAUUGGCGAUCGUACGUUUGAGGGACUGGUUCGUUUGGAAACCCUUAAUUUGGAAGGAAAUCGAUUGAAUGAUUUACCAGAGGCGAUCUUUGAUCGAUCCAAAUUACAUAUGUUGGAAAAUAUCAAUUUGGCCAAUAAUAAAUUUGAUUAUGCACCAUUGAAAGCACUGCAACGCCAAUUCUUCUUUGUGACAUCGGUGAAUUUGAGCAAAAAUAAAAUUAAAUCAAUUCCAUCCGAAGAUAGUGUCAUGGUUAACAUAAAAAAACUCGAUCUAUCGUACAAUCCAUUGACCGAAGAGACGGUGGAGAGUAUUUUGAAUGAACCAAAAACCGUUCGCGAAUUGAAUUUGGCUGGAACUGGCGUUAAAAUGAUAACAUCGUUGGAGACACCAUUCUUGCAAAGUUUGAAUUUGUCACACAACAAUAUUGUAAGUGUGAAUGAUGAAGCGUUCGAGCGCGCAACAUUGCUGGAAAGUUUGGAUUUGUCAAGUAACAUAUUGACUGACAUCAAGAGAUUAUCGAGAAUGUGGCCCAAAUUGACAUCAUUACAAUAUUUGGAUCUGUCAAAUAAUUCAUUCGAAAUCAUUUCUCAAGGUGAUUUUGAUAACUUGGAUAUGUUGAAAUCGUUGGCAAUCACCGAUUUGAAUCAAAUCAAUCGCAUCGAAAAGAAUGCAUUCAAAAAUUUACCAAAUUUAUCCGAACUCAAGGCAUACAACUACCCGCGACUCGGUUACUUGGAUGUUCAAGGCAUUGUUGAGCUGCUGCCAACAUUAAGCUCAUUGGACAUUGAAAUCAAGGAUUCGGCCGUUGGCAGUGACCAAAUUCAACCGGCCAAACAUCCACGUCUCAAAGAGCUCGGCAUACGGGGCAGUCGAUUGCGUAGCAUAUCAUCCGCGACUUUGGCUGGAUUGAAGGGUAAAGAUUUGCAUAUCAAACUGAUGAACACAUCAUUAUCCGUAUUGCCACCGGCAUUGUUAUUCCCCGUUCCGCGUUCUUCAAAUGUUGAUUUGGAUGUGUCCAGUUCAAAAUUGACAGUACUUUCACCUCAAUUCUUGAGUGCACUUGAAGAUCGAAGAAAUAGUUUGACACUCCAUGGUCUGGACACAAAUCCCAUUCAUUGUGAUUGUAAUGCACGUGCAUUGCGUCGAUGGUUGCCUGGAUCGCAUAUGUCAUCGUUACGAUGUGCAACGCCCGAUUAUUUGGCCGGUAAACUUCUGACCGAAGUCGGUGAUGAUGAAUUAACUUGUGACGCACGUAAACCAACAACAUCGACCCCAAUCGCAACCAAAACCACCGCCCAACGUACAACAUCGAAAUUAAUCACGCGUUAUACAACGGCCGAACCGGAGAUCAUUUGGAGUAUGCCACCAUCACAAGCACCGACCAAAAUAAAAACCAAACCACCAAUGAUUAACAAAGCGGUCAUUGCAAACGAUGACACCUUAAUUAUUAUUAUUGUGGGCAGUGUUGUUGCUUUUAUCACAAUUUUGAUUAUUAUCAUUUGUAUUGUACGUCUGCGAAUGAGUUCGAACAGUUAUCACAAUGGACCGAUUCCGAUUGGAAUGCCGCCGAUGCCACUUAGUUCGGCAAAUAUGCAAGUCGGUGGUUAUAAAACACCAACGCCACUCUAUGCUAUUCCACCAUAUGCUCAAAAUUAUGCCACAUUGCCACAUAAGUCGAUGUCACAUCAAUCGAUGACAAAUCUCAGUCAAUCACGAACAAAUUACUCAACCAUGGGACGAAGUCCAUACUAUCAAACACCAUCGCUGAACGGUGGCCAACCAUUCGUCAUUUAUUCGGACGAAAAGAGCUACAGAUAAUAAAUCCAUCACAUUUCACAACAUUUUAGAAAUAUAAGUUGCCAAACCGUGCUAAAGAAUCAAAACAAACCGUGUUCUUU